AUGGACAGACAUCUGACGUUCGGGGAUGAUGUUAGCCAGCUGAGGUGGCCGACGGUCGAGCGACGGCCUUGGGACUGCCAGUGGCUGCUGGAAGUCUGGCGUAGCAGGUGGGAGUACGGAAAGUGGAGACGGAGAAAUACGGACGGCGAAGACGGCAGUACGGACAGAGGAGACGAGGACAUUGCCCGUUUGGAUGGGGAACUGACCACACUGAAGAAAAACUGCUACUCACUGAGUGAACAGGUGGUCGGACUGGAGGGAGACGUGGCCACAUUGAAGGGAGACAACGCCACACUGAAGGGAGACAACACCACACUGCGUCAGGAGGUGGUCCAUCUACGUGAAGAGGUGGUCCGCCUGCGGCAGGCUGUCCUCGAGGAGCGCACCACUCGCCAGGUCGUCGUGGAGGAGCUGCGGCAGGAGGUCCGCCGGCGAGCGGCGCCAUCCGACCGUUCGCAGAGUGACGGCGAGGAGGUGGCUUCUCCGAAGGGGGACACUUGUGACAAGUGUGGCGCCAUCAGAAACUGUGACGUCAUCACCCAAGCUGAGGAGGAGGCGGGACUGGCGGGCGGCGACGUGCGAGAGGCUGCACUGCAAUGGGCUCCUGCCAUUUAUCUUCUGGACCACGAGUUGUUGAAGAUGGUGCUGAGCAAGAUGGACUGCUGGGAGAUGUUCCGCGCCAGGCGGGUCUGCCAACGGUGGCGGUCCGCCGUCGACGAUAUCGUCAGCGACUGUCGGCGGGAACUAACCGAUCAGAAAACCCGUAGUGGAGAGGUCCCGGCGCCGGCCACGAGCCUGGAGCUCGUAUUGAAGGUGCAGGACCAGCCGAAGAUGACCGAACUGCAGGCGCCGACCGCUGAGACGGACACCGACCUCCGACUGGUCGCAGCCACCUGCCACGCCCUGCAGAAGGUUAACCUGCGCGGCUUCAAGCUGAGGGUCUCUGCUCUGCGUCGGCUGGCGCGUGCCAACGCUUCCAGUCUGCGUGAGCUGACGCUGCCGGCCGGCAUCAGCGACUGGCAGCUGGAGGCGCUGCUGGAGCCGCUGAAGGCUCUGGAGCGGCUCGAUGUGAGCCCACCCGUGGACAGCUCCGGCAAGUGGCUGCGGCUGCUGCCCCAGUCGCUGAGGAGACUGGACAUUACUGGGUCGGGGAUGACGCGGACACCGCUGACCUUCGUCAGAUAUCCGUCGGAGGGACUGCUGGUCGGUGUACAGCUGGCAACGGACACACUCCUGGACCAGCUUGCUGCUCUGGCGACCCACACAGUCACAGGGCUAUUCAUUUAUGAGUCACCGUCUGUGACACCGGAAGCGACGGGACGCCUCCUGGCUGCCCUCACCAGCUUGAAGGACGUCACUUUUAUCGGAUCCGGCGUCAUUUCCGAAACUGUGCUGUCCGCCCUCCACGGCUGUUCCCAGCUGAAUACGCUGGAGUUCAAAGACACCCGGCGCCUCACGGACAUCCCUGCCCUGACCCAGUCAGAGGUGACAGCGGUCAGCAGGGUGGCAGUGACCUGCAGGAAACUGUACAGACUGUUCCUAACAUCCUCACUCGAAAACCGCCAGGCCGUCCUGACUGCCCUGCACGAGACAGACCUGGGAUGUGACGGUGGCCAGUCCCGGACCAUCGAUUUCAAUGUCCCCAAAAUGGAGACCGGACAGCUCCAAGAGGAGGUUAUCCAGAUGAAAGAACAGAUGGCACUAUUGAAGGAGGAACUGACACAUCGCCAUCAAGAGGACAUUGCCCGUUUGAAUGGGGAACUGACCCCUCCGAAGGAAAACUGUGACCACCUGAGUGAGCAGGUGGUCGGCUUGGAGGGAGAAGUAACCACACUGAAGGGAGACAACGCCACACUGAAGGGAGACAACGCCGCACUGCGUCAGGAGGUGGUCCAUCUACGUGAAGAAGUUUUCCGCCUGCGACAGGCUGUCCUCGAGGAGCGCACCACUCGCCAGGUCGUCGUGGAGGAGCUGCGGCAGGAGGUCCGCCGGCGAGCGGCGCUAUCCGACCGUCUACAGGGUGACGUCGAAGAGGUGAUGACGCUGAAGGACGGAACCGGCGACAAGUGUGACGUCAUCAGCACCUGUGACGUCAUCACCCAAGAUAAGGAGGAGGCGGGGCUGGCGGGCGGUGACGUGCGAGAGGCUGUACCGCGAUGGCCUUCUCUUAUUUAUCUCCUGGACCACGACGUGCUGAAGGUGGUGCUGAGCAAAAUGGACUGCUGGGAAAUGAUCCGCGCCAGGCGGGUCUGCCGUCGGUGGCGGUCCGCCGUCGACGAUAUCGUCGGCGACUGUCGGCGGGAGCUAACCGAUCAGCAAACCCGCGGUGGCAAGGUCCCGGCGCCGGCUACGGGCCUAGAGCUCGUAUUGAAGACACAGGACCAGCCAAAGAUGACCGAACUGCGGGCGCCGACCGCUGAGACGGACACCGACCUCCGACUGGUCGCGGACACCUGUCAUGCUCUAGAGAAGGCCAACCUCCGUGGCUUCAAGCUGAGAGUCUCUGCUCUGCGUCGGCUGGCGCGUGCCAACGCUUCCAGUCUGCGUGAGCUGACGCUGCCGGCCGGCAUCAGCGACUGGCAGCUGGAGGCGCUGCUGGAGCCGCUGAAGGCUCUGGAGAGGCUCGAUGUGAGCCCACCCGUGGACAGCUCCGGCAAGUGGCUGCGGCUGCUGCCCAAGUCGCUGAGGAGACUGGACAUUACUGGAUCGGGUAUGACCGAGGCACCAUUAAAGGUGCCGCGAUGGCCGACGUCUGAACUGGAUGUCAGUAUCCAGCAAGGCACGGCCACACUUCUGGACCAGGUGGCUGUUCUAGCGACCCGCACAGUCACGGGGCUGGCCAUAUGGGCGUCACCGUCCGUGACACCGGAAGCGACGGGACGCCUCCUGACUGUCCUCACCAGCUUGGAGGACGUCCCUCUUAAUGGAGCAAACGCCAUUUCCGAAACUACGCUAGCCGCCCUUCACUGCUGUUCCCAGCUGGAUACACUGGUGCUCUACGACACCCGGCCCCUCGCGGACAUCCCUGCCCUGACCCAGUCAGAGGUGGCAGCCGUCUGCAGGAUGGCACUGACCUGCCGAAAACUGAAGACCCUGGCAAUUAGUUCCUCCACUGAAAACUGCCAGGCUGUCCUAACCGCCCUGCACGAGACAGACCUGGGAUGUGACAGUGGCCAGUCCCGUACCAUCAAUCUCUGGGUCCCAAAGUCUGUAUACGACAAGCUUACUAAGCCUCCCAACGGUAGCCAAAUCACCGUGUACUCUCUAAAAGCCUGACUAAUCAGUGCCUCGACCGCUCCGGUGCCGGGCGGCAGUUUCGGAACUGGACAACAGGUGGCAGCACCAUGUCCCGUCGGCAGUGCUGUUUGAUUUAGGCACAGAUUGCUACGUUUGUUGACAAUGCUUUGAUAGACUAGACAGUGGGUAUAUUUAGUAUCUGAGAUUUAUCACGCUACUGGCCAAUGUCCAGCCGUCGGUAAACCGUUGUCACCGUGCCGGAGGUACCGCCAUGAUGACGUCACGUGUGUUCGUUACGUUCAUGUGAUAUCACCUGGUAGCCACUAAAACUCGAUUAGUGGUUGAAUUCAAGAGUUGAAUUAGUCUCUAAGGUCGCCGUGUUCUGGGCCUUUUGUUUUCUGUGCAUGUCAGGAGUCAGGACUGAGAUGUAAUACACUACCUUUGCCGAACUGGCCAACGCA